GCCAGGCCGCCGCUGCCCCGCGCGCCCGCUAUGUCGGUGCACUACACCCUCAAUCUGCGCGUCUUCUGGCCCCUGGUGACCGGCCUGUGCACUGCCCUUGUGUGCCUCUAUCAUGUCCUCCGAGGAAGCGGGGGCGACCGGGCUGAGUCCCCCGACGGUGCGGACGGCGGCUUCCCGCUGCUCAAGGUGGUCGUCCUGCUCCUCCUUGGCUACAUCCUCCUGCGCUGUCGCCACGCUGUCCGGCAGCGCUUCCUGCCAGGGUCUCCCCGCCUGGGGAGACACUCCACCUUUUCUCCUAGACACUUCCGAGAGCCCAGCCUUGGCAUCUUGCUGGAGAGUUACUACGAGCACGAGGUGCGCCUCUCCCCGCACGUGCUGGGCCACAGCAAGGCGCACGUGAGCCGGAUCGUGGGCGAGCUGGUGCGGGCUGGCCGCGCCCGGGGGUCCCCCGGCCCCAUCCCCGGCGGGGCGCUGGCGUUGGCCUUCCGCGGAGACUUCAUCCAGGUGGGCAGCGCCUACGAGCAGCAUAAAAUCCGGCGGCCCGACGGCUUCGACGUGUUGGUACCGCUGCGCCUCCCGCCGCUGGUGGCGCUGGAGCCGCGGAGCCUGGGCGCCGAGCCCGCGCUCGCCCCAGCCUUCCACGGCUGUUUCGUGUGCGCGCUCAAGGCGCCGCCGGGGGCCUCCGGGGGCCACUGGCUCCGGGACUGCAAGCCCUUCGCCGACGGCUUCUGCGUGGACGUGCUCGGGCGGCGUCACCUCUCCGCCACUAUGGUGCUUCGCUGGUUCCAGUCGCACCUGCAGCGUUCCCUGGCCACCGUGCGCUACAGCCUGGAGGGGCGCUGUCGGGUCAGCCUGACCCACGGCGGCCUGGAGCAGCCCCCUACCCUGCACAUCCUGCCGUGCCGCACGGAUUACGGCUGCUGCCGCCUCUCCAUGGCUGUACGUCUCAUCCCAGCUGUGCAUUUGGGCGAUGGCGUUUUCCUCGUCGCACCGCCACCGCCACCCUCACCUGUCGGGCCCCUGUCGGUGCUCCCGGGAGGCCUGCGCACGGAUGCACUGUGGGGGGUGAACACAGCGCGCCAGGAGCAGAAGCUGCUGAGCUGGCUGCAGGAACGGGCCCCUCCAGGUGCCUGCUACCUCAAGUGCCUGCAGUUGCUUAAAGCUCUGCGGGACCUGGGCGCCCGCGGGCUGGACCCGACGGCGGCCACCCAGUGGGGACGCAUCCUGUCUUCGUACAUGCUCAAGACAGUGCUGCUGGCGGUGCUGCUGCGUGAGGAGGCUCCGGCUCAAGGCUGGGACGAGGCGCACGUGGGUGAACGGUUGGAGGAAUUAGUGCAGUUCCUUAGGGACUGCCUGCUGCGACGCCAUACCCUCUUCCACUGUGUCCUGGGCCCUGGUGGCGCCGCUGCCGAGGUGGGCCCACUGCCCAAGGUUCUGCGAGAGGCCGCCCCAGUUGACCUCCUGGCUGCAUUCGACAAGCACGCCCGGGAACUCGCGGCUGCCAGGUUGUUGUCCACAUGGCGAAGGCUGCCCCAGCUUCUCCGGGUCUAUGGGGGUCCUCGCUACCUUGCCAGGUGCCCCCCACCCCGGAGUCAGCGCACCCAGGGCUUCCCUGGAGAUGAACCAUAAACCUUGACAGUGCCUCCACCUGGCCCAAAGCUCCUAAAGCCUCUCCCACCUAAUGGGGGUGGGGAUGGCAAUGAAGCCAGUUUAAUGCAAGGAAAUGAACUGCCAAAGGUGUUGGAAAAUUCAGAAGGUGACAUUUGGGGGCUUAAAUGUCACCCCCUGGCUCCGAAGCCAGUAUAGUUACAGCAUCUUUUUCACACCCACCAGCGUGUCUGGAGCAAGCUACAGAAAGGCAUCCAACCCCAGCAGCUAAGAGUUGGUCCAAAUGUUGGUUUGUGUGAAAUGAUUCUGUAAAAGGAUCCAGCUUUUAGGGAAGUCCAGUAAAGAAAGGAAGCAAGAACUAGAUGCAGAGAAAGUUCCCGUGUCAGUUUUUGAGACUCAGAUCUCUGGCCCCCAGAUUUAAAGAAGCUAAUGUUUUUUGAUAUAACUACUUGCUAGGUCCUGGGUUCCCAUGGUCUUCCUAAAAAUCUGUAUCUUUACAACUGGAAUCGAAGUUCUGUUCUAGGGUCUAAUGUUCUGAGGACCACAGUUUCCACUGUCCAAAUUAAUAUUCAUGUAUUCUUUAAAUGGUGCAAUCAUGGUGUUUGACAGAAUUGCAAAGAAUGAAGUCACGUGUUGAGAGGUCAUCAAGAAUUGGUGAGAGAAACUUCCAGAGCAAAGAGCACUCUGUUUUGAUCAGUCCUUUCAUUUUGUGGUAAUUGCCAGUGCCAAGCUGUUGCAUCUGAAAGGGAGACCAGUUCCAUUUAUUAUUAAGAAAUGUACAAUCUUAAAAAGCAGGCCUGCUUAACACCCCCGCAGGCAUACGCUGGUACCAGCCAGCACCCAUUCCUGGGGAGCCUACCGUGAGCCAGGCACAGGGCAGAGUAGCAAAGAAUCCAUGGUUAGGACAACAUUGGUGAGAACGUGUUGGGUUUUGGGGAAGAUAUAGUUCGAUUUUCGCCUAUGAAGGUGACAGCUUGCUGCUGGCUGGAGACAGGAAUAUUUUUUUUGUUUUAAGGCUUUUAAACAAACUCCUCAGCAUGGUGAUUUGUUUCUGAGUGUAAUGAGAUAAUGCAGAGGCAAUGCUGGCUGUGGUGCCUAGGAUGUAGUCAGCCCUCUCAGUCAGUGCUCAGCGAUGGUUCGUGGUUAUAAAGUUUCUCUCCCAACGCCCCGGCACCUUUAAGUACGUGGUCCCAAGGCCACCUUGAGAAGUAGUUGAUUCAGCUCAGGUCUUGCAAAGCUUUUCCCAAAGAAUCGAAUAUCUUGGGUUCUGGGCUCUCCGACUGGUCAGCUGAGGAGAAUAUGGCAGGGGGAGCCCUUGUCAGGAGUCUGUUGUUUUCUCUCUUUGCACGUAAAUAUCCCCAACUUAGCUUAGGUGUCAGUAAGUCCACCAUCUGCUUGCCUAAUAGAAAAUGUAACCUGUCCCACCCAGUGUUAGACUUGGGGACUUUUUUUUUUUGGACUAAGACACGUACUAACUUAGGUUCUUAAAGAUAAAACCUAGAAGACAGAAGGCACCAUCUGAAUACGGCCAUUGUUCAACUUCUGAGUUGUUCUGAGGGAAUUCUUUAAACUUUUUUUUUUUAAUUUUUUUUUAAUGUUUUAUUUAUUUCUAGGAGAGAGAGAGACAGUGUGA